AUGCUCAUCAAACGAGCGAUCACGCUCUCUCCCAUCGCGCUUCAACACGUAAACUUUUCCUUCCCCGAUUGCACAGCCCCACCCCUCUCCAACAAUGCCAUCUGCGACACCUCGCUCGACUACUACACGCGCGCAACCUCGCUCGUCUCGGAAUUCACCACCACGGAGCUCAUCAACAACACGAUCAACUUUGCACCCGGCGUGCCUCGGCUCGGUGUGCCCCCCUACCAGUGGUGGACGGAAGCGCUGCACGGAGUAGCUGGCAGUCCGGGUGUCAACUUCAACCCUGACCAAUCGGCCGAGUUUGGGUCGGCGACGAGUUUCCCGCAGAUCAUCAACCUGGGUGCGACAUUUGACGAUGCGCUGUACCAGGAGGUUGCGUCUCAUAUUGCCAACGAGACGCGUGCGUACAGCAACGCGGGUAAGGCGGGGCUGAACAUGUACAGCCCGCUGAACAUCAACGCGUUUAGAGAUCCGAGGUGGGGGAGGGGCCAGGAGACGGUGGGCGAGGAUCCGCUGCACCUGAGCCGAUAUGCUGUCAAGGUGGUCCACGGGUUGCAAGGGUCGAGUGCACAGGAUGAUGCGCAUCCGAAGCUGAGCUUGGCUGCGACAUGCAAGCACUACCUCGCGUACGACAUCGAGAAAUGGGACGGCGUGGAGCGGUACCAGUUCAACGCCCUCGUCUCGAAGCAGGAUCUGGCCGACUUCUACCUGCCCCAAUUCCGAGCCUGUGUGCGCGACGGAGGCGCGACCACACUCAUGACCUCGUACAACGCGGUCAACAGCGUGCCGCCCUCUGCGUCCAAGUACUACCUCGAAACGCUCGCGCGCAACGAAUGGGGGCUGGACAAACACCACAACUACGUCACUUCGGACUGCGAUGCCAUCGCCAACGUCUACGACGGCCACCACUACGCUAGCAACUACGUUCAGGCAGCGGCAGACAGCAUCAAUUCCGGCACCGAUCUCGACUGCGGUGCGACCUACUCUGACAACCUGCACGCUGCACUCGAGCAGAACCUGACCAACAUCAAGACGAUCAGGAGAGCCGUGACCAGGAUGUUUUCCUCGCUGGUCAGGUUGGGUUUCUUUGAUCCUGCCGACCAGCAGCCGUUGCGACAGCUGAGCUGGAAGGACGUCAAUUCGCCGGCGGCACAGAAACUGGCGUACGAGGCGGCGGUCUCAUCGAUUACGCUGCUCAAGAAUCACGAGGCGACUUUGCCGCUAAAGGAGAGUGAAGUCAAGGGUAAGACGGUCGCAGUGAUCGGGCCGUACAGCAACGCGACGUUUGCUUUGCGUGGCAUUUACGCGGGUCCGUCGCCCUUUGUCAUCACCAUGACCGAAGCGGCCCAGCGCACGUUUGCCGACGCGCACAUUGUCUCUGCCAACGGCACGAGCAUCCUCGGGCCCUACAACGCCACCACCGCCACCUUCGCUCUUGACACCGCCAAAGCUGCAGACAUCAUCAUCUUCGCCGGCGGCAUCGACCCGACCGUCGAAGGCGAGGAGCUAGACCGACAGAACAUCUCGUGGCCGGCCAACCAGCUGCAGCUGAUUGACGAGCUCUCCUCGCUGCCGGCCAAGAAACUGAUCGUGGUGCAGUUUGGCGGCGGACAGAUCGACGGCGCGUCGCUCAAGCGGAAUGGGAACGUGGGCGGGUUGGUGUGGGCCGGAUAUCCUGGGCAGAGUGGUGCGCUGGCGGUGAUGGACGUGCUUGCGGGAAGGAGGAGUGCUUCGGGGCGGCUGCCGAUCACGCAGUAUCCCGCGGAGUACGUGGAGGGUCUGGCUGAGAGCGAGAUGGCGCUGCGGCCGAACGGAUCCUACCCGGGUCGAACGUACAAGUGGUACACGGGCACUCCAACAUACCCGUUCGGCUUUGGCCUACACUACACCACCUUCGCCGCCACCAUCGCCCCACCCUCCACCUACUCCAUCCCCCCCUCCUCUUCUUCUUCUUCUUCGACGUACGCAGAACACACCUCUGUCGCAGACGUGCAGAUCACGCUGACUAACACGGGCGCCACGGUGUCCGACUACGCCGCGCUCCUGUUCGCCCGACACACCAACGGCCCGGCCCCGCACCCGAGGCGCUCGCUCGUCGGCUACUCGAAGCUCAAGGCCCUGCAGCCUGGCGAGUCGAGGACAGUCAAGGUGCGCGUCACCCAGGCGGCACUUGCGCGCGCGGACGAGCGCGGUAACCAGAUCCUGUACCCAGGCGAGUACACGCUGGAGCUCGACACAGAGAGCGAGGGCGAGCAGGUGCUGGCGACCGCCAAGCUCGUGCUGACGGGUGAACAGGCCAAUGUGGUCCCCUGGCCCAAGGGCGAUAUGUCGUAG